UGGGAGCGGUAUUAUCGCAUCAGACAGCAGAAGGAGUGGAGAAACCCAUACUUUUUGCAUCAAGGAAAAUGACUGAUACAAGAAAGAAUUACGCACAAGUAGAAAGAGAGGCGCUGGCCCUGAUUUUCGGUGUCAAGAAGUUUCACCAGUAUCUGUGGGGAAGGAAAUUUACAUUAGAAACGAACCGCAAACCGUUAGUCACCAUAUUAGGUCCCAAAACUGGAAUACCGACAUUAGCCACAGCGCGACUGCAGAGAUGGGCAUGCUGUCGGGGCACACAUAUGAUAUUGCAUACGGGAAAGAAUCUGACAUGGGUCACGCAGACGCGUUGUCAAGACUACCACUGACAGAACAAGUGAAACAAUCAGAUUUGGGAGGAGAAGUUUUGCAAUUUAUGAUGACGAGGGAACUACCAGUCACCGCUAAAGAUGUUGGAACGGCCACUAGAAAACAUCCUAUACUGUCAAGGGUAUAUGAGAUGAUUAUGACUGGGUGACCAAAGUACAUAGACAGAGAAGAGCUCAAGCCAUUCUGGAGUCUAAGACAUGAACUGUCAGUGGAGCAGGGAUGUAUUUUAUGGGGGAUGCGCGUAGUUAUCCCACCGCGAUAUCGUGAUCAAGUGUUGCAAGAUCUGCAUAAGUGUCACAUGGGGAUAACACGAACCAAGAGUUUAGCGAGGAGUUAUCUUUGGUGGCCUGAAAGACCGUGGCAACGAGUGUAUAUAGAUUUUGCAGAGAAAGAGGGGAAGCAUUUUUUGGUUUGGUGGAUAGUCACUCGAAAUGGUUGGAAGUGCAUGCAUGAUGACGACAGGAAGUACUACAGCGCCAAAGACCAUUGAGUUACUGAGAGAGAAGUUCGCAGCUUUCGGAAUUCCACUUGAAUUAGUAAGUAACAAGGGCCCACAAUUCAAGGCUGGGGAAUUUGAGGACUUUUGCAGAGCCAAGGGGAUCAGACAUACCUUAGUGGCACCCUACCAUCUGGCCAGCAAUGGGGCAGCAGAGAGAGCGGUGAGGAUCUUGAAAGAUGCACUUUUGAGAGAUGUACUCCAGAAGAAACAAGGGGGACAGAGAUGUCCUUGAAACACAGAUUGGCUAACUAACUAUUUAAUUAUGUAUCGGAGCACACCAGGAAGAACUCCAGCAGAAUUGAUGUUUGGUAGACCGAUUCGCACCAAAUUCAGUCUGCUCAGGCCAAACUUGAGGAAGACUGUGGAGGAGAGGCAGAGACAACAAAGGAAGGGUCAUGAUUCUCCACGUAUGAAAGAGCGAAGCUUUGAGCAAGGAGAAAAGGUUGCUAUAUGGAACAAGCAAAGAGGUCCGGAGAAAUGGUUGCAGGGAACCGUAAUUGAAGCAAAGGGAGCGAAGAACUACAUCAUCCAAACACCCGACCUGAACAGAAUGGUGCAUGCUGAUGAUAUAGUGACAGGCGGAGGUUCAGAUUUAGUAUUAUCGAGUAUUAGUACUCCUAACAAGAGAGCAGCAGCGAAGGUGAGUAUGGGGACUAUUCCAACAGAUGAAAGAAAAGAUACUGUACUGAAUGAAACAACUACCAGCACAAAGCAUGAGGAUACCAAGACAACAAAGAGAACAGAAGAAACUGCAACCAUGGUCGAGAGACGUUAUCCAAGAAGAGACAAGAAGCCGUUAGUAAAAUUAGAUUUAUGAAGAACUGAACAGGACACUAGCUAAUGGAAGAGAGAGGAGUGUAGUAGAGUGCACGCAUGCGCAGUCUGAGUACUUAGUCUGAGUGUGUUCUAACUGUUUAUUCUACGAGUUGAACUCUAAAGUAGUAUUGUACGUCUGGUGUACGUGAUAGGUUGAGUAAGGAAUAUAUUACAAAUUUAGGUAUGACUUUCGUUUCCUUUUUGAUAGGUAAGAGUUGGUUUCUGACUUGUAUGUAUGUAUGUGUCUAGGACACAAACUUGAAAAGAAUACACUCCCAGCUGCAUCGAAGGUGUGUUUGACAUCGUGCAAUAUCAGCUAGGGUUACACACCGCUGCAUGACCCAUCCGUGGGUGCAUUUCUUU